AUGGUCCUGCAUGGAUACCUCGAGGAGGUGAUGUGCUGGGCAUUCAGGAAUCACCUUUCUGAUUCCGCGAGGAGAUGGUUUAGGUCCCUCAAACCAAACUCCAUCACCAGCUGGGAUGAUUUGAAGAACGCCUUUUUGACUCAGUUCAUAGGUGUCAAAAAAUACAUCCCACCAAAACAGAACCUGUCGAUGGUAUACCAGGGACCUAACGAGUCCCUGAAGGACUGGAUAGCCCGGUUCGGGGAACAGGUCGCCGCCACUGAAGGAAUCUCCGAUGAAGUGGCCCUGAUGGGGGCGCUGUCCAGCAUGAAGAAGGACAUCCCCUACAGCACAGACCUUGACAGAAGGCCGCCCCACACCUAUCAGGAAUUCCUGACAAGGGCGCAGGGGUUCAUAAACGCCGAGGAGGCCAAGAAGGCCUUAAAGAGCAAGGCGGCAACCCCUGCCAAGGAGGAGGUAGGGCAGGCUAGCAGCCAGAACAACGGCAAGAAGCGCCGAGGUCCUCAGGUGCAAGCCGAGCCAAGGUACAACCCGGCUCCGAGCAACAGGGGCGGCAACGCCUCGACGAGCCAGGGGGAGACCAAGCGGCCCAAGCCGCAAUGGUACAACGCCUACACUCCCCUGAGUAUGGGGAUCGAGGACGUCUACCACGAGAUCAGGCAUCUCCAGGUCCUACGUCGACUUCCACCCCUAAAGUCUGACCCAGCGCGGAGAAACCAGAACAAAUACUGCCGUUUCCACGGCGAGAGUGGUCACACCACAGCGAGUGCUACGACCUGA